AUGUACAAAUGCAUCUACCCGCGCAACGUCACGGAGUGCUCCUACCGCAUCAGCGGUGACUUGGCGGACGUCUUCCUCGGCUUCCAGGCGUCCUCGGCGGAGGACAAGCAGGAAGUGAUCGACAGUUUGAGGAAGAGCGGGUUCGGCAUCCUGGACAUCUCGCAGAACGAGCUGGCCAAGGUCCAUGGCCGGAACCUGAUAGGUGGAAGGGCGCCGUCGCACCUGACCUCGGAGGAGGGCCUCUUCCGCUUCGAGUUCCCCGAGAAGCCUGGGGCCCUCUUGAACUUCCUGGAGAACCUGCCCCCAGGCUUCAACGUCUCACUCUUCCACUACCGGGGCCACGGCGCAGACGCAGCGCGCGUCCUCGUCGGGCUCCAGGUCCCUGCACAGCGCCGCUCUGAGUUCCGGGCCUACCUGGCCUUCCUGGUCUCCAAGGGCUACUCCUGGCAGGAUACUCUCGGAUUCAUGGAACGAGCUCAGGAACUUGCAGCACACGGCGCAGCAUCAGCCGCCUUCCGUGGGCCUCGUGGCCAAGUAUGGUGCUGCAAUCGGGGACUUCGUCCGGGCUCUUGUUAG